AUGGCUAGUUCUCAACGAGCUGAAGAUAUAUUAAAUGGAUUUAAAUUUCAUUCGAUGAAUUUACGAGAUGCAGAUUCAGGUAAAAUUCUUUGGCAAUCAACAGAAAAUUUAACAAUACCUGGUGCUGAACAUGAAGCACGAGUACCAAAAGCUAUAUUAAAAUGUCGUGCUGUUUCACGUGAAAUUCAAUUUUCAUCAGAAGAAGAAAUGAAUCAAUUUCGUUUAGAACAACGUGUUUAUUUUAAAGGAACAAUUAUUGAAGAAUGGUCAUUUUCAUUUGGAUUUGUUAUGCCUGGUUCCACUAAUACUUGGCAAUCAUUGAUUGAAGCAGCACAAGAUCAAAUGAUACCAGCAAAUUUACUCAAUGGUAAUGUUGUAAUUGAGACUAAAUUCUUCGACGGUGAACUUGAAGUAUCAACAUCUCGUGUUCGUUUACUUUACAUAUAA